ACCAUUCGAGUGGUCGACCAGCUCACAGCAGUAGCGGCUGAAAUCGUAUCCUUCUCCAAGGAUAGUGCAGUGGUGGUGUCAGGUGCUGGCACCAGUGGCAGAAUAGCUUUUCAGGUGGUUGUCUGUUUCAACGCUGUGCUCAGGAGAUACGGCUUGCCACCCUGCUUCCACUUCCUCAUCGCAGGAGGGUUGCCAGCCCUACUCAAGGCGCAGGAGGGGGCGGAGGACAACCAGGAGGCAGCAGCGGCGGCUCUGAGGCGAGUCGAGGCAAGAGGCAAUCCAUGGGGGAAGCCGUGCGGGCGAGUGCUCUAUAUCGGCAUCAGCUGUGGCCUCAGUGCACCCUACGUGGCAGCACAAGUCAAGUACGCCCUCUCCCAGUCACACUACGCCGUUGCUGUCAUGGGCUUCAAUCCGCCCUCUCUAGCUCCAAACACCAAGGGCGCUCCAGGCGUCACCUUCCCGUCUGUCCUUCAAGAGUUGAGGGCUCGUAUUGAUGCUGCUGAAGCAGAGGGGGAAGUCGCAAGGCACUUCAUCCUCUCCCCUGCUGUUGGCCCGGAGACCAUAACAGGGUCCACGCGGCUCAAGGGCGGCACUGCCACCAAAAUCCUUCUGGAGACCAUUUUCAGCCGAGCCAUCGCCCGAGUACUACGCCUGCCUGCUCUCGGAAGCUAUGCAGGAGUGCCCCUCCUACUCAUCAACCCUCCCCCCGAGCUCACUCCCGAUGACAAAACAGCGGUUCGGCGGGCGGCACGGGUAGGCUGGGGCCGAACCGAGGCUGCCCCCGCGGCUCGGUAUGGCGAUGUGAUGGCUGCUUACGAGGGGGCGAUGAGGGGAGUUUACCAGCAAUUACCCGGAAUUGUGGCCCUCACCCGUCUCUUCCAUCACUCCAUCAGCACGGGCGGCCGGGUCAUGUACAUUGGAGACGACUCACUGGGCCUCGUUGGCUUGAUAGACGCAUCAGAGCAGGUUCCCACCUUUGGGGCACGCCCAGGCUCCUUCCAAGGCUUCUUUGUUCCUCCCGCCUCCUUUCUCUCCUCUCAUCUCCCUAUCUCGCUCCCUCCCGCCCCCUCUCCUCCCCCUCAGACGCCUCAGAACAGAGCCUCUGAGGGCAAUCAGCACAGACCACUUUCUGCACGCGGUCCUCCCCACCACACGAGUCACACGUGCUACAGCCACAGCUGUUCCCUCUCCCUCUCCUCACCGCUCACUCGUCUUUCCUCCCUUGUCGUAUUUCCCUUUCUUCUCCCCCUCUCAUCCCGUGCCUUAUUCCCUACUCGUUCUCCCUCCUGUGCUGCCUCCAGUGCCAACGACACUGUUCUCCUGUUGGAGUCACACGUGCUACAGCCACAGCUGUUCCCUCUCCCUCUCCUCACUGCCCUGCACGCACGAGCCAAGCAGGGUCUGCUGUCCCUCGCUUUGCUAAGUGUCGGUGUGGCACCCCAUGAUCGGCUUUUAAUGGUAUAUGAUGAUGAAGAUGGUGUGGAGGAGGGGAAGGAGCGGGAGGAAGAGAGUGAAGGGGAGGGGAGUGAGGUGGAGGGGAGUGAGGAGGAGGAGGGGGAGGAGGGGGAGGAGGGGAGGGAGGAGGAUGAGGAGGGAGAGGAGGAGGGGGGUGAGCAUGCGGAGGGCGGAGCGGAAGCGCAGGGCGAGGAAAGGGAGGAGAAAGUGGGGGAGGUGGAAGAGGAUGAAGAGGAGGAAAGAGGAAGCAGUGAUUCGGGGGUGCUGGUGGGGAGGGAGUUAGGAGAGGAGGAGAGAUUGGCUGUAGAUAAGGAGAGAGAGGGUAAGUCUGGGGACGGGAAUGAGGAGGGGGACGAGGAGGGGAGUGAGGAGGGGAGUGAGUGGGAGUCAGUGGAUGGGGAUGAAACCGAGCAUCUGCUUCACAGUAGCGCCACAGGGCAAGCUUGUGAGUCUACUCAGAAGCCUCCUGGUGAUGCGGCAGCAGCAGCAGCAGCAGAAGCUGAAGCCAAGGCUGAAGCUGUAGCAGCAGCAACAACAGCACUAGCUGAAGCAAAAGCGGGCGCAGGAGUUGAUGCAGAGACGGAAGCAGCAGCAGGUGACACAGGAAUCAGGAAGCGGAGACCCAAGCCAAUGGACUCCGCAUCUGCUCUCUUCUCAGACAUUCCAUUUUCCUCCUUCCCCUCUUCUCUAUCCUCCUCUUCCACUUCCUCCCCUAUGGCCUCCUAUUUCUCCUCUCCUUCCCCCCACCCACUCAAUCCCACCUUUCUCCAGGUCUCCAUCUCCCUUCCCGCUCCCUCCGCCGCGCCUCUCCUUCCCCGUACCGACCUCUUUGCACAACUAGCAGUGAAACUGGCUCUUAACGUUGCUAGUAGCGGAGCACAUGUGCUUCUAGGCAAAGUGUACAGUAACCGCAUGGUGGACCUUAGAGUGAGUAACGAGAAGCUCUUUAAGAGAGCGGUGAGGGUGGUGGGGGAGCUGGCAGGGGUUGGAGAGGAGGAGGCGGAGAGGUGUGUGAGGAGGGCUAUAGUGAUUGCUGAAAGGGAAGAAGGGAUGGAAGGGAGGGCGGGGAGGGAGGGGAGGGUGAAGGGAGAGGUUGGGGAUGAUCAGGGGGAUUGCAUGAGAAGGACGGUUGAGGAGAUGGUGAGGGUUGGCGCGAAGAUGGAGAGAAUAGUGCCGACUGCGAUUCUGCUGGCAGCUGGGUGCUUUGAUGAUGAAGAGGGCACUAGGGAUGCAACACUUAGCAACAGGAGUGUGCGGAUGCUAGUUGUCGAUGCGUUGAAGAGGAAGACCUAG